AGGAAGCAAAGAAGAAAGCUUCCGCGCAUGAGGUUGGCGGGUUGUUGGUCGCUUGUGUGUGUCUCGGGUGUUUUUGUUUAAAUUUUCAGCACAAAAGACGCCGCAAAACUUUUCAAACAACAAAGUCAGAACCACCCGGAACAUUUGCAGCCUGGUCAGCGGUGGUUUUCCCAGCCAUGCCGUCCGCCGCCGGAGUCAGCAGCCCCGCGGCUGCGCUCGCCGAGGCGCUGGACAACUCUGCCCGGCUGAUAGACAGACACCUGCAGGAUGACCGCUGCUUUCCGGACCUGUCCGAGCUGCUCAGCGUCCCCUCACACAACAUGCCGUCGCUCUCUGGAGUGUCGGACAUGGACUACCCUCUCCAGGGACCCGGGCUGCUGAGUGUGCCAAACCUGCCAGAACUCAGCGCCGUGCGAAGAGUCCCGCUGCCGCCGGAGCUGGUGGAGCAGUUCAGCCACAUGCAGUUUAACUGCAUGAUGGGAGUUUUUCCUGAGAUCUCUCGAGCGUGGCUUACGAUCGACAACGACAUCUUCAUGUGGAAUUACGAAGAUGGGGGAGACGUGGCCUACUUUGAUGGCCUAAUUGAAACCAUUCUAGCUGUGGGUCUUGUUAAACCAAAACAAGGGAUUUUGCAGCCACACAUCCACUACCUCCUGGUGUUAGCCACUUCUGUAGAUGUAGUAAUCCUCGGACUCAGCUUCCCUAAGACUCAAGCUGUACUAAACGACAGCAUGUCUGGCGGGAUGCAGCUGCUACCGGACCCCCUGUUCUCAAUCCCGACAGACAACACCUACAUCCUGUCCAUCACCUCUACGGAUCUGGGACGCAUCUUCAUGGCGGGAAAGGACGGCUGUCUCUAUGAAAUCGCCUACCAGGCGGAGGCGGGCUGGCUCAGCCAACGCUGCAGGAAGAUCAACCACUCUAAAAGCUCCUUGUCCUUCCUCAUCCCCUCUGUGCUCCAGUUCUCUUUUUCUGAGGAUGAUCCCAUUGUACAGAUUGCAAUUGACAACUCUCGCAACACACUCUUCACCCGCUCUGAGAAAGACGUCCUGCAGGUGUAUGACCUGGGGGCAGACGGCCAAGGAAUGAGUCGCGUGGCGACGAUGUCGCAGAGCUCAAUCGUAGCGGCUGCAGGAAACAUUGCUCGGACAAUCGACCGCUCAGUCUUCAGACCCAUCGUCCAGAUCUCGGUCAUCAGCCGGUCCGAGUCCUCGGACUGCCACCUGCUCGCCGUCACGCACGCAGGUGUGCGCCUCUACUUCACCACCACGCCUUUUGCGCUGCAGCACCAGAAGCACGUCGCAGUUCGCCCCAGCCUGCUCGCCUUGGUCCACGUCAGGCUGCCGCCGGGUUUCUCCGCCUCCUCCACCCUGCAGAAGCCGUCAAAGGUCCACAAGGCUCUGCACAGCAAAGGUGUUCUGCUCAUGGCUGCCUCAGAGACAGAGGACAGCGAUAUUCUGUGGUGCAUCAAUCACGACUCUUUCCCCUUCAAGAAACCCCUGAUGGAGACACAGGUGAUGUCUAACGUUGACGGACACUCCUGGGCUCUUUGCGCCAUCGACGACGAGAGGCCUCCCAGGAUUUUCACUCCCCUCAACAAGGAGCAGAUCCCCGUCACAGAUUCCCCCGUGGUCGUCCAGCAGCACAACAUCCCAGCUCAGAAAUUCGUCCUCCUCUCAGCAAAGGGGAGCCACAUCUUUCAGAAACUGCGUCCGGUCGACCAGCUGCGCCACCUCCUGGUCAGCUGCGCCGGAGGAGAAAGUGAGGAGAUCGAGCGCUUCUUCAAGCUGCACAGGGAGGAGCAGGCUUGUGCCACGGCCCUCAUCCUGGCUUGCUCCAACGCUGCUUCAGACAGGGAGGUGUCACAGUGGGCCACCAGAGCAUUUUUCAGAUAUGGAGGAGAGGCACAGAUGAGAUUCCCGGCUGCCAUGGCGGCACCCAGUACCGUUGGACCCGUGAUGAGCUCUCCGGCACCGGGUGUGGUGCCUCCUGCCUUUGCAACCCCGUUCGCACCGAUGCAGUCUGGGUCUGCACCCAUCACUCCGAUGUCCGCCGGUCCCGAGGUGAUCUUCUCCGGAAAGCACAACGGCAUCUGCAUCUACUUUGCUCGCAUUCUCGGAAAUCUUUGGGAUGGGAGCCUUGCUUUUGAGAAAACUAUGAGCAACGGAAACCAGACUUUCAGUAUUUUGGAAAGCACUAUUGAUUCCUUCGAGCUGGAGUCGGUCCUCCUGCAGCUCAGAGGUUUGCAGGAGUUCCUUGAUAAAAACUCUCAGCUUAGUCCUUCUUCUCUUGGUGCUGCCAGCUUAGGCUCCCCCGCCAACCUGCAGCAAAGGCUGCUGGGAUUCAUGCGCCCCGACGGAGCCAGCUCCCAGCAGGUUCAGCAGGAGCUCCAGAGGAAAUAUCACACCAAGGCUCAGGUCUACGAGAAGGCAUCCCUGCAGGGCAUCCAGCAGCUGGUGUAUCGCUCCUAUCAAACUCUGGCACUCUGGAAGCUCCUCUGCGAUCAUCACUUCAGCCUCAUUAUGUCUGAGCUGCCAAAGGAGUUCCAGGAGCAGAUGAAGGGGGCGAGCUUUAAGGACGUAGUGACCCGAGGCAAGGAGCUGUCCGGCGCUCUGGUCACAGGGCUUAUUAAUGUCUAUAUCAAAGAUAACGCCUCCGUGGACGCCAUCAGCCAUCACCUGCGGGAUCUUUGUCCCCUGCUGUACAGCAGCGAUGACAGCGUUUGCUCAAAGGCUAACGAGCUGCUGCAGAGCUCAAAGCAGAUCCAGAACAAAGUGGAGAAGGAGAGGACGCUGAGGGAGUCUCUGCGACUCUACCAGCAGAUCAGCCAGCACACAGACCUGCCGCUGGUUUGCUCCCAGUACAGACAAGUGCGUUUCUACGAGGGCGUUCUGGAGCUGUGUCUCACAGCAGCAGACAAAAAGGACCCGCAGAGGUUAGGACCCCACUUUUAUAAAAACGGAGAGCCCGAGGAGGACAAAGUGGGGCAGCAGGCCUUCCAGGAGAGGCUCUCCUGCUAUAAGUGCAUCACAGACACCAUGCAGGAGCUGGUGAACCAGAGCAAAGCUGCUCCUCAGUCGCCCAGCGUCCCCAAGCAGCCCGGACCCCCCGUCAUGACCUCCGAUCCCAACAUGCUCAGCAACGAAGAAGCUACGGCACACUUUGAGCAGAUGCUCGGCUUGGCCCAGAGGUCCCAGGACGAGCUGUUCCACAUCGCCCUCUACAACUGGCUGAUUCAGGCCGACCUGACGGACAAGCUGCUAGAGGUGAAUUCUCCAUAUCUUGAAGAACACCUGAUGCACAUGAUAAAACAGGACCAGAGCAAAGUUCACAACAUGGACCUGUUGUGGCGCUACUACGAGAAGAACCGCAGCUUCGGCAAAGCGGCUCACGUGUUGGCCCGCCUCGCUGACAUGCACAGCACUGAGAUCUCCCUGAAGCAGCGUUUGGAGUAUAUCGCUCGAGCCAUCCUCUCUGCAAAGAGUUCCUCCUGCAUCUCGGCGCAGGCGUCCGACGGAGAGUUCCUUCACGAGCUGGAGGAGAAGAUGGAGCUUGUGCGCAUUCAAGUGCAGAUCCAGGAGUCCCUGAUCAGGCAGUACACUCAUCAUCCCUCAGUGAAAAACGCCAUCUCACAGCUGGACUCUGAGCUAAUGGACAUUACAAAGCUCUACGGAGAGUUCGCCGACCAUUUCAAGCUGUCUGAGUGCAAGUUGGCCAUAAUCCACUGUGCAGGACACGCAGACCCAAUACUGGUCCACUCACUGUGGCAGGAGAUCUUAGAAAAGGAGCUGGGCGACAGCGUGGCCAUGAGUCCGGCCGACAGGAUGAGGUCCCUCAACCUGAAACUGGUUUCACUGGGGAAGAUUUACGCUGGAACACCGAGAUACUUCCCCCUGGAGUUCCUCGUGAAGUUUCUGGAGCAGGAAGUGUGCCGCCUGAACUGGGACGUGGGAUUCGUCACGUCUACGAUGCUGGAGAUUGGAGUGCAGCUGCCACGUCUGCUGGAGGUUUACGACCAGCUCUUCAAAUCCCGGGAUCCCUGCUGGCUUCGGUUGAGGAAACCUCUACAUUUGGUGGAGUGCAUCCACGUGCUCCUCUCAGGAUACGUGGAGGACCCCAGCAGAGUGCCGACAUAUGACAGGCGUCGAUUCACCAACGUCUGCCUCGACAACAUCUGCGGCUACCUGGUGGAGCUGCAGUCUCUGAGCCCCAACGCGGCCCUUCAGCACACCAUCGGAAACUUCAAGUCCCUGCAGGCCAAGCUGGAGAAGCUGCAUUGACAGAAGUAACCAAAGAGUUUCACUGCUGGCCGUAAAAACAAAGAAGGCCCGGCGGCGUUUCUCUGCCUGCGUUUGUUGUGACGAGAGGCUGGCACAGAGACAAGUUUUAUAACUUAUUUCACCCCCUGUUUGUUAGUUUUGAACGUUGCGCCGACUUUUGAAAAGACUGCUUGUAAUUUGCAUUGUGUGCAAAUAGCUUUGAUUUCUUCCAAAACGGCGAAACGUUAAAUAAUGUGCGUUCAUUAAACACACCAUGAAAUCUCAGCUCGCUUGUUUUGGAAAGUUUGCUCAAUUAGAGGCUCGUUUUUUUUUUUACCACAACAGGUGCUGAAGGUAACUGGUUCAAGCCAUUACAAGGUUUGGGCUGUUUUGUCUUGAGUUUGAUUUUUGUAUUUAUGUAAAUAAGUUGGCUAUAAUGUCAUCUUUGCCAAACGCUCGCCUGCAAACCGGAACGAAAGGAGAAAAUGUUUGGACAGUAAAACAGUGCCAUUAUGUGGAAGAGCUUUUGUGACUCUUUUUAACUUGGUGGUGUUCAUAAUUUCACCUACACUAAACAUUCAGACCGGAAUUUGAGUAUUAAUAAAACAUUUUUAUAAAGAAA